CACACACACUUUUAUAAUACAUAAAAAGUUAAAAGAUGAAUCACUUUACAGUUUUCUUCAUUUGAUUUAAAUAACGUUUUUAAACGUUUAAAAGUAUAUGUAAACGUAACAAAACAACAUAUUUCAUUCAAGGCACAUUUGAAGUCCUCAAAAGCAAAUACAAGACAAAUAUUUGAAUAAAGAAUAAGAUUCUGCAGGGUUUCUCUGUUUUUCUGACCGGUAUCAGAUGUCUUUGAUAUCGAAACAUCAUCAUUUCAUUGACAAGAAAACUGAAAAAGUUCAAAUGACGCUGAUCUGAAUCAAAAUCUCAUUAUAAUCGGUUUAAAAAUCCGCUGUGUAAAAUCUCUGAGCUUAUAUAGAAAAUGGAGACUUUCAUGCGCGUGAAGUUAAAAGAAUAGCUGCUGCGUAACGUAGACGAUCAUUCUUGCGCAUCCGACACCGGCAUCGUUUUGCUCCGUUAAUAAUGUCCUCUUACACACCGACAACAUGAACAGAUCGUUAACGUUACACGUACAGUCGCCUACACUCGGUUUAUGUAUUAGAACGCGCGUGUAUGUAUGUGUGUGUGCGCGCGGCGCGGAGACCUGACGCGUCACAGCUCGCUCUGCACCAGCCGAGGCUCCGGUGCUGAAGAGUCUCUGCAGUCGCAGCCGAAGGACUACGGCAGCCAGGUUGAAUGUUGGCCGGGUUAAGGAGCGUGGCAGGAUGGCGUCCACGGGCACGCAGAUCUUUGCCUUCGUGCUUUCGCUGCUGGGCAUCUUAGGUGCCACGGUGGCCACGCUAUUGCCCAACUGGAAGGUGAGCGCAGACGUUGGCUCCAACAUCAUCACUGCCAUCUCGCAGAUGCAGGGGUUGUGGAUGGAUUGCACCUGGUACAGCACGGGUAUGUUCAGCUGUACUUUAAAAUACUCUGUGUUGGCGCUGCCCGCGUACUUGCAAACGGCACGCACCACCAUGGUGCUUUCCUGCGUCCUGGCGGCGUUAGGAUUAUGUUUAGCCUCUUUGGGAUUGAAGUGCACUCGCUGGGGAGGUGGACGGCGCGCUAAACGCCACGCCGCCGUGGCCGCCGGUGCCUGCUUUCUGACCUCUGGCUUUCUCUGCCUAGUUCCUGCCUCCUGGUACACCAACGAGGUUAUUGUCAGCUUCCUAGACGUCAACGUGCCGGAGAGCAACAAGUUCGAGCCGGGCGGUGCCGUCUAUGUAGCCUUUGUCUCGUCCGGUUUCCUUUUCGUAGGUGGGUCCAUUUUCUGUCUGUCCUGUUCGGGUAAGCGGCACGGCCCGCACGAUUUGAUACUGAUGCCUCCGGAUAAACUCCUCUUGCAGCAGCAACAGCAACUGCUGCAACAACAGCAGCAACAGGAGCAGCUUCAACACCAGUACUGCUCUCUCUCGCCUCUGGACAACAAGACCGGCUACAGCGUACAGGACUACGUAUAAGGGGGGAAACGUUUGAGGAGCCGGACACGUGCGACGUGCCCCUCAACUCCCAUGGCUCUCGUGAUUAUUAUGAGAGGGACCACAGCUCCCUCUUUCUGUCCACACAUCUUUUUUUAAGAUCAGCAAGCACAAAAACUGGAGGUAUUCCCCCCCUAAGCGACAUCUUGGAGCAGAUGACUGCUAAAGCUCUGAGACAGACUGAUAAAGAACGAGAUGAAGACGACGAAUAAAAGCACAUAUCCAGCAUCCUAGUAAAUCUAAUUAAAGUGUGUUCCCCUGGGAACGGAUUAGCACCGAGAGAAUGUUUCUGCUACGUCAAAUCCCGAACUCCCCCCCUUCCCAAAGAUUAGAACUUAGAAGCAAUCGUUUAGCUGCUAACAAUCGUUUGAUAACCUCUGUUCGAAAUAUGAUGGCAAUAUGUCUCUAAGAGGCAAUGGUAUGGAAGACCCCGUGUGUGGGAGAUUUGCUUUCCUUUGUAUUCGAGUAAUGAUUGUGUUAAUGAAAUGUUAUUUUGGUAGCCGAUAGGAUGAUUGAUAUUCUGCCUAAGCAUGCUUUCUGGAGCCUGUGCAUAAUGCAGUGGAAUGCCUGAUGUAGACUGAAUCGUAGCCAUAUAGCCUGUGCCUAAAGAUGUGUAGUAUAUAAACCGCUCAAACUGUUUAGAGAAGCACGAGGAGGGAGUGAAUAGGGGUUGCUGGGUCAGGCUUAUAUGGGAAAUCCAUAAAGGCUGAGAGGAGACUGCCCCUUCUUACGUCAAGUGAAUGGUUUGACAUUUUGCUGUGCGAUUUUCCCCCAAAACAAUAACACGCUGCGCCGCUGUGCGCUACUCAUGCAGACGCUCAUAUAUACACAAUCCUGCAUGCAUGCAUUUCAUUUCACACUGCCAUGAAAACCACAUUUAAAUACAUGCAUUGUAGGUUGUAAUCCUCUAUAGAAUCCUCUUGGUAUUGGGCUGUCCUAAAAUAAGCUGGAGUGUCAUAAAUCUAAAUCUAGAAACAAACCUUCUGUGACACAUUCACUUAGAUUGGAGGGGUGUGAGGGUCUUGACCCUAUACUGAAUCUAAUCUUCAGGACAAUGGAAUUUUGUGACCCUGUCUGUGAAAUCCAGGAUAAAGUCUCAAUGUAAUUGUGAGAUGAGAAGCAUAAAGAUUUGAUUGACAUGAUCUUACUCAGUCAAUAUUAAAGAUAUCAAGGUUAUUUUAUCUUUCACACAACGUUCUUUGCAUUAUUUAGGAUGAUUUUAUGUAAAUCACAAAAACAGGCAGGGUCAUGUUUAUUUAUGUGAUCUUAGACCACAAAAGCAGUCAUACGGUUUUUAAAACUUAGAUCAUCUGAAAGUUGGAUAAAUAAAUAAAGCUUUCCACUGAUGCAUGGUUUGUUACGAUAGGACAAUAUUGGGGCAGAGAUACAACUAUUUCAAAAUCUGAGGGUGUAAAAAAUCUAAAUAUUGAGAGAAUUGCCUUUAAAGGGAUAGUUCGGCCAAAAAUGAUAUGAAAAUUAUUUUUGAAAAUGUCCUAGAUUUUUUAGUUUAUAAAAUGCAAGGAUAUGGGGUCCACCCCUUUUAAUUCCAUAAAUGUGCAUCCAUCCUUCACAAAAGUAAUCCAAACGGCUUGUGGUGGAUAAACAAAGGCCUUCUGAUGGUAAUCUGUGCGGUUUUGUCGUAGAAAUAUUCAUAUUUAAAUGCAGAGAGAGACGGCGACCUUUGUUUAUCCCCUUGGAGCCGUGUGGAUUAUUUUGAUGAAGGAUGGAUGCACAUUUUUUGGACUUGAAGGAGGUGGACCCCAUAUCCUUAUAUUUUAAAAACUGAAAGAUUUAAGACAGAGGUGCCCAAACUAGGGCCCAUGGGUCAAAGUUGACACGCAGUGACCUUUAAUUUGACCCGUCAUGCCAUGUGAGAUAAGUAAAAAGGAUAAACGUCAUUGAUGCAGAUGUUUAUAUUUCUAACUAAACAUUUUUUAAAAUGUAAAAUUUUUUGUUUUAUUUGUACAUUAUAAAAAUGUAAUUAAAGUGAGAAUUUUUUUUAUGUACAUGCAUACUUGAAAGUGUACAGCAUUCAUCACGAAACUCAAUAAAUUUGGGUACUAUAGACUAAUAAUGAAGAGGUCGAGGCAGUGGCACACAGACAAAAGGCAAUUUUAAAAUGAUUGGCAAAAUUAUUUAUUUUUACAACCGUUACCUUUGAAAAUAAAUCUAUACAAGUUAUAUGCAUAAACAGAGUAAUGUUUGCUUAUUUAUUUUUAUAUUAGAAAAUUAUAAAUUAGGAGAAUCAGGACAACUUUAAUUUUAAUAACACAGCAACACACAGCCCUCAGUUAGGUUAGAUUUUUGGCACAUGGUAGGAAAAAGUUUGGGCACCCCUGAUCUAGGACAUUCUCUAAAAUAACUGAAAAUGUGUUGGUCUGUAAAAUGAUCGAUAUAUGCAUCUCAGACGGCUUAAGGGUCAGUAAACCAUGGGUUUUAUAUCAUUGUUUGGCUGUAUCCCUUUAAAUUUGUCCAAAUUAAAUCCUUAGCAACUGCAUCCACUCACAAAAAUAAAGUUUUGAUAUAUUUAUGGUACGAAAUUACAACAUAUCUCCAUGAAACAUGUUAAUAUCCUAAUGAUUUUUGUCAUAAAAGAAAAAAUGAUAAUUUUUAAACAUACACUGAUUUUUGUCUUUUGCUACAAAUACACCCGUGUUACAUAAGCAUGGUUUUGUGGUCCAGGGUCACAUGUGCAAAAGUCUUAAGCCACCAUGCCACCAUUAGAUUUGUUUAUGCAUUGAUAUAAUGAGCAAAUAUAAUUAUUUCCCAGUCUCUUUAUUAGAAUAAAACCAGAAAUUUGCAUGCAAUAUUAAAAAAAAAGAAUACAAUUAUAUGUGUUAAGUGUUUAGUGUAAUCUCCUAUUACACUUAAAUAAUAGCAGGAACCUGCAGGAUCUCUUAAACCUAAAUGAAAUGAAAUCCUAAUUUCUAAAUCUGAUGACUUCAGUCUCCUCAAAAAAGUUCAAGAUGUGUUUAGUGCCAAGAUAUGUUACCAGAAACCAUUUUGUCCUGAAAAUGUACAUAUUGUGUACAUGUUUCCUGUAUUUUCUAUUUGUAUGGUGGUGGCUUAAGACUGUAUUUCAGUAUUUGGCAGUAUUUAUUUUCAUGGCAGUGAGAAUCUCACCUGAUGUGACUACAAUCUGUUACUGCCCCUACUUACAGGAAACACUCCAAGAUCCUUGGCUAAUUUCCUUAAAUCUCCAAAUUUAAAUAAGCAGUUACAUGUCUGUGUCCCAUACUGUAUAUCUGCUGACAGUCUUUUAAAGGUUAAUUUUUACAGACACCAUCUCCGGCAUGCUGUCGAUUACCACAUACAAACAAGAAAUGUCUUGUCUGCUUGGUUUCUAUUCGUAUUGCUGUAAAUAAUUUCACAAACGCGUCUGUGAUAAUUGACAGCGUGCCCAGAUAUGGUGUAACUUUGCAUUGCCAUACAUGUCAAACCAUCUCCAUGUGUGCCAUCCCUCUCUCCCGAAGUACUUAUGGAUGCUGAAUGUCUCUAACAGCCAGAACAACUGCAUGUCGUGCGAAUUUGCCAAUGCAUGUACAAACAAAUCCCCAAUCAUAAGCAUGCACACAACACGAAAACAUUCCCUUUCCUGCACCCGACGUCAAGUAAGUGUGUGUUGUGUUUGGAUGUGGUCAUGCGUUUCAAUGCCGCUGAAGGAAGGAAUGCAAUUUCAGUGUUGUUCUGCUCUGGCAAAAAGCGCUUUGGCAGUGAUGGAUGGCACCGUGCAUUCUUCCUCUCAGAUUCCCACAGGCGAGCAGAUGGCUGUGCCUCACUCGCCCUCUGCAGGCAGCGGUGGGGACGCGGAGACGGCACAGUCGGGCAUCGUGCUGCCCCUCUCUUGGGCACAUAAUGAGUGCCCAUGUGCCAUUACUGAAUGCAAUAACCACUCUCCUCCGACAUUCAACAAGUAACCGUGCACUGAAAUAUUGUGAAUGUGCCAAAUCCUACUUUUCAAAUGUAUUUAAAGGUAUUAUGUUCUGUUUGCCAAUUGCAAAAGUAUUUAAAGUACUGCCAUCUGUACUAGUAGAUAACAACAUAUUAAGGUUUACAGUGCAUCGUUUCAGAAUUUGCCCCAUUAAAAUUCCUAAGCACAAUUAUGUCAGGAUCAUAAAUGGUUUGGGGCAAAAGAAUCUAGUUAAAAUCUGCGCUUUGGGAUUUCAUAUAUACAUCAAAGCGGUGUAUAAUAUCAUUUUAUGCAUCGUGUUUGUUUACCGAAAGCACUGCUCAACACCCAAGCAUGUUCACAGGAAAUCUUCUUUAUAAGAAGACAAACAUUUACACCUUUAAUUGUGUAAACUCAUUUGAAAGCAAUUUAUUUUUCUGUUAGCUUACUAUACACUUAAAUAAGGAUGAUUACAUGUAGAUGUGUCAAAGAUACGUUUUGAUAAUUAUAAAAACAAACGAAUAAUUUAUUGUUAUGAUGCAGCUUGUUUAUUAGCACGCUAUGAGCCAGACCAAAACGUUUUAUCGGUGGCCAAUGAAACGAUUCUUGAUCUGAUGAAAUAAAUGCAGGUUAUUUUUUGGUGGAUGCAUCUGCACUUCUUACUUUGCAGAGGAUACUGUACACGUUUCUGUACCGCUGUCUCGGUGUGCUUGUGCAAGUAGUUAUAUUUUUUUUAAUAAAAAUUUGUGGAGCAGCAUGUUCUUAUAAGGGCUAAGUCUUUCAUUACUUUGCAUCGUUUGGUUAUUGUGAAGAAGAGACUUUCAACCUACAAAUGCACCUAGAUUGUUUUAGAUUACAUAAAAAAUAACUUAAUGGUAUCAGCAUUUAUUAGUUUCCUACAAAACCACUAAAAAAGUGAAGGUGUACUGACAGAGAAUAGCCGUUUUUAUAGUACAUCGAUCUGUAUUCAUGAGUGAAAACCUGCAGAGAUAAGAAUUUAAAGGACAAGUAACAGAUAUAUUUUUCCUUAGGGAUUAUAAAAGGUUAAGUCUGAAUGCAAUAUGUUGGAUGUUGAAAAAAUGUAUUUGGUGUGCUGUUUUAUAAGUUAAAGGAACAUGUAUCCUAUCCAAAGUAUAUUACAGUGCAUUACAAGGUAUGGGAAUCAAACCCAGGACCUUUUGCAUAGCUAACACAAUGGGUCUUACAGCUUAGCUACAGGAACACUACAAGGUGGUCUCACAAACAUAUUUCACAAAAAAAAGAUAUCAUGUUUUGCAUAAAGACAAACAGCCAUUAAGUCUUUAAAGUUUUAUCCAAAGUGUACUACCUUAUAUGUUUACUAUAAGUUAUUUUUUCUUUUGCAAUUGAAAAUCUGGUAAAUAAAUGUUUACAUGUACAGUUACACAUUUGGCAGACGAUUUAAUGGGACUUACGGUGCAUUACAAGGUAUACAUGUGUGUGUUCCCUGGGUUUGAACCCAUUAUCUUUGCGCUGCUAAUGC